AUGCAGUACUCUGGCGGUCCUGGCAGCGCGCCGCCCUUCACCUUCCCGGACCUCGGUCCAGUCGUCCAGAACACAUCAUUCCUCAGCCCGGCGGGGCACGUCGUCGACCUUUCUGCGCCAGCUUCGGAGGCCUCGGCGGCGUCAACUCCCGCCUUUGCGUCAGCAAGCGGGGUGCCCCGACGGUCCCAGGCUUCGGCUGCAGUUCCUGUAGCUUCAGUGCCAUCGUCUGGUGCUGGUGGCAGCGCCGGGGCUGCUCCGUCACCAACUCCCGCCUCUGCAGAAGCACGCGGGGUGGCGGGCGGUCUCCAGGCCGCACCUUCGGUCAUCGCGCACCAUGCUUCGGCUGCAAGCACCGGAGAGACCUCGGCUUCGAGUGCAGUGGCUCCGACGUUGCCAACUCCCGCUUUGCCGUCCGCUAGCGGGGCUUCGUCGGACCCUGCGUGUACUCAGCUGGUCCUCAGGUCCUCGCCCGACUCCAGUCCUCUGCACGAGCCUUCGUCAAAUGCUGCACACUUCUGCCGCACGGGUGACCCGCUGCCUGCAACUGCGCACGAGGCUUUGGGACUUAUUCCGCGUUCUUCUGCGCAGUGGUACGCUGUGGAAGACAUCGUCCACCACGAGGUGCAGGCUGAGCACCCGUACAACACAACCUUCGCUCCGUGUAACCCCAGGGUUCCACUCUUCGUCCCGCGUGGCAUGACCGUUCGAGAAGUCGCGACAGCUAUUACGGUCAACCCUGUGCUGGACUCUCGCCGUGUUACGGCCCCGUGGGUGCGUGAGUUCACUAACUUCCACGGACCUCCUUUCGGUCUGCAGGAGGACGGGCAGCCAGGUGAAGACGAAGUCUCGGAAGAGGAGGAGGUCGAGGAGCUGAUUGAAGCGAUCGAGUCUCCGGUUGCUGAAGAGUCUUCGGAAGAGGCUCGGGACGAGUCUCGCCGCGUCGUGGAUACUCAAGCGACUUCGGGUGAAGCUACACAAGCGCUAGGAGCUCAAGAUGCAGCAACGGCAACGGAGGGCUCGGCUCAAGAUCGCGUCGCGGCUUCGGAGGCCCCUCUUGAGGAGGCCCCAGCCAGCGAGACUCCGGCUGACGCACCACGUUCGCCUCCAAGUGCUGCUGAUCAAGCUGCCACGCAAGCCGAAGCUUCUCCGGCUGCGCGUCUCCGCGUUUUGGCCAAGGUUGCCUCAUCUUCGGACGCCUAA